AUGGCUGCAGUACAGUCGACCAAGCCAUGGGACCUUUCUCAUGUCUUCGAGCUGAUCAACACCCUCUCUCCGACCAAUUCUCAAGCAAAAGAUGUGCCGUCACGUCCGUCAAUCACCAAGUACGACAGCAUGAACGAGUCUUCGUCACUGCCACUUGCCUCGCCGUUACAGCACUUCAAUGCUGUCGACGAGGGCGUGUCGUUAGGUGACUUUGGCAAGAUCUGGCAAUAUCUAGGCACCCCCAUCAAUUCGCCUGCACCCAAGCCUGCUGAUGCCUCUCCAACACUUCAACAGCGCAUGCCCGAGAAGGCCGAUUACGCAAGUGACGGCGCCGCCUAUGGUACUCCGAGCAAGCGUAUCGCGAAAGUUGGCAUCAAGUGGAGAGACGAAGUCAAUCUCGGCGACCUUACCGACUAUGCUCCUCUGGAGGACGAAGAUGACAAGAAGUUGACCAAGAAGCAACGACAGAAGAAGAACAAGAAAGAGAGGGAACAAAGAUUGGCUGCUGGUGCUGCGAAGGCUAUCAGCGAUGUCGACGAGCCUGAGCCCAAGGCGCCUUCAUUCUAUGACACGCCGGCUCGCAAGGCCAGUACCCACAUCGUCUCUGCCGAGCUCGUCGGCAAAGCCCACCGCCCUUUGAGCCCUGUAAAGGCAUCAACCCCCAAACCUGUGUCCAGUGACACUCUCAAGCCGACAAAGCCCCGUCAACCAGAACAGAAGGCAUCUACACCACCUCAGUCAGAACCAAUCCACUUCGACUCCUUGCCCAAAACACCCAAAACGCCCGAGUCCAAGCACCAGCAAGAGUUCAAGAAGCGAUGGCCAGUUUCGACACCAUUCGCUACCAAGAGCUCGCCUCUGCUUCCCGCAUCCGUACAACCCACACGUACGACAUCAACCCCUUACAAAUCCACCGACGCCAAUGCGAACCCAUUCCACAAGGUUCAGCAAGUCAGCGAGACUCCCAUCAAGAACAACCGUUCGGCAAUUCAGCCCAAGACUGUUCGUUCUGGCGAGGACCGCAACUGGGCCUUACUUCUGAAGAUCAUUGGUGACUUCUACGAGGACAGAGCAAGUCUCGUUAGUCCCGCAAACUCAAUCACACACUCGAAUGACCCCAAGGGUAUUCACGUCUUUGUUGACGCUUCAAACAUUUUUAUUGGUUUCCAUGACCAGCUCAAGCGAGCAAGGAAUAUUCCGCCGAACGUUCAUGUCCCUAAGGUGGACCUUUCCUUCGACGCUUUGGCUCUGCUCAUGGAGCGCCGUAGACCUGUCGCCAAACGAUGCCUGGUUGGCUCAAAGCCCCACAUGGCCGCCUUCGACGUGGCCCAACGUGUCGGCUACGAAUGCAACAUCCUGGAUAAGGUGCUCAAAGCGCGAGAGCUCACCGAGCGCCAGAAAUAUUUCCAGGAGCAGGAGAAGAAGUGGCGCAGACGCAGUGGCAGCUACAAGAAUGGCACCAGCACUGGAGGAGAUAGUGCCGGUAGUGGCUCAGAAACGAGCAACACCGGUCCCGUCUUCGCUCCCGAGAGGUAUAUCGAGCAAGGAGUUGACGAGAUUAUCCACCUGAAAAUGAUGGAAUCUAUUGUCGACACCGAGUCUCCCUCCACCAUGGUGCUGGCUACUGGCGAUGCUGCCCAGGCCGAGUAUUCUGAAGGCUUCCUCAAGAUGGCCGAACGUGCCUUGAAGAAGGGAUGGAAGGUUGAGCUUGUUAGUUGGAGCAAGAACAUUAGUCUUGCCUACAAGAAAGCAGCGUGGCAGAAGAAGUGGGAUGGUCGAUUCAGAAUCAUCGAACUGGAUACUUAUGCUGAGGAAUUGCUCGACAUGUGA